GCAAGCAGAGGCUGAAAAAUAAAGAGCAAAGAGGAAGAAAACAAAAGCUGCCAAUUAUGGAAGAUAGAAGGGAGUCUGCAGUGAAGAUAUUUUGCUCUAAAAACAUACUGGGCAUCCUUGGCUUCUCCUCUGUCAUCGCUGUGGUAGCACUGCUCGCUCUGGGACUGACCCAGAACAAACCACUGCCAGAAAAUGUUAAGUUUGGGAUUGUGCUGGAUGCGGGCUCUUCUCACACGAAUUUGUACAUCUAUAAGUGGCCAGCAGAAAAGGAGAAUGACACAGGGGUGGUGACUCAGCUAGAAGAGUGCAAGGUAAAAGGUCCUGGAAUCUCAGAAUUUGCUCAAAAAUUAAGUGAAAUAGACAUUUAUCUGACUGAAUGCAUGGAAAGAGCCAGGAAAGUGAUUCCAACAUCCCAGCACACAGAGACACCUGUUUACUUGGGAGCCACGGCAGGCAUGCGGUUGCUCAGGAUGGAAAAUGAACGGUUGGCAGACAAGAUCCUGGCUGCGGUGGCAAAGAGCAUCAGCAGCUACCCCUUUGACUUCCAGGGUGCCAGAAUCAUCACUGGCCAAGAGGAAGGUGCCUAUGGCUGGAUUACUAUCAACUAUCUGCUGGGCAGAUUCACUCAGAAAUUGGGUUGGUUUAACCUGAAACCAAGUGAAGGCAAUACUCAGGAAACCUAUGGAGCUUUAGACCUUGGGGGAGCCUCUACACAAAUCACUUUUGUGCCUCGAAACGAAACGACUGAGUCUCCUAACAACACUCUGCACUUUCGCCUCUAUGGCAAGAACUAUGGUGUAUACACACACAGCUUCUUGUGCUAUGGGAAGGAUCAAGCCCUCUUGCAGAAACUGUCCAAGGACCUUCAGGCAAUUGAAAUCCGUGGCACUGGAAACUAUCGACAAUGCCGGCGAAGCAUCCUUCAACUCUUUAACACCAGUUACUGCCCUUACUCCAGCUGUUCCUUCAAUGGGAUUUUCUUGCCACCCCUCCAAGGGAAUUUCGGGGCAUUUUCAGCUUUUUACUAUGUGAUGGAGUUUUUAAACCUUACAUCAGAGGAACAGUCAACUCAUAAAAAGAUGAUUAACACGUUGGAAAAGUUCUGCUCUCAGCCUUGGGAAGAGCUGCAGAUGUAUUUUGGUGAAGUGAAGGAGAAGUACCUGAGUGAAUACUGCUUUUCUGGCACCUACAUCCUCGCUCUUCUUCUGAAUGGCUAUCAUUUUACAGCUGAGUCCUGGAAGAAUAUUCACUUCAUGGGCAAGGUCCGGAGCACCAGCGUCGGGUGGACUUUGGGCUACAUGCUGAACCUGACCAACAUGAUCCCAUCUGAAGAGCCAUUGUCCACACCUCUCUCCCACUCCACAUAUGUCAUCCUCAUGGUCCUCUUCUCCCUGAUCCUGGUCAUAGUGGUCAUAAUAGGCAUAUUUAUCUUUCACAAGCCUUCGUAUUUCUGGAAAGACAUGGUAUAG